AUGAGAAAAUUGCUAAUUGUUCAGAAAGGCGCUAAGGUUAUCAUGCUUCCAGAAUUUACCAGAACACUUGCAUCCAACAGCGCGGACGGUUUUCUCAAGUUUGCAGAGGAGAUACGGGACCUUACACGAUUCUAUGAUCAAAAUCUGCCGAAGAUCACGGAGAUUACGUUAUGGGUGGGUCACUGACCGAGAAAGAUCAUCUAUAAUCUUUCUCGAUCAGUGAAAAGCUCUACAACACUUGCCCUGUCAUUGAUUUUCAAGGACAGAUGAUAUUAAAGGACGGGAAGUUGCAUCUUUGUAAAAUCGAUCGUCCGUCCGUCGUAUGAUUACGAAGAGCAUAGAAACCUAACACCGGGUGUUGAUCUUAGAAUCUUCGACACGCCCAUGUGGAAAAUUGGGCUAGUACUGAAUUGUGACAUAAGAUGCCAACUGCUGGCGCAGAUUUAUUGUCAGAUAGGUUGCAAAUUGUUGUUAUAG